AUAUUGCGCCGUUGUGUGAUGUGAUGGUUUAUAGCCCAUUGGCCAAAGCGUACCUGGCUACAGUCAUCUGCCGUCGGCCUACAGCUUCUCGUUACCAGCCGGUUCCCCUAUUAGUGUAACUCUACUUUCUUUCAAUGACCUAUCGGGAAGAGCUUUAUUCCCAUGGACCAGUCUAUUCGUUGCCAAGGUUACAUAAAAUGAAGGGGGGGUGCAGGCUACUUCCUGAUAUCUUAUGACAGAAUAUGUGUGAUGUCAAGCGACAAUGAGGAUUGAGUUUGUAAAAUCUCAAUUGAAUCAACCGCGACUAUUUAUCACUACGUAUAUCAAAGCUAAAGAAAGAAGGAAAGGAAAGAGCAUAAUCUUAUGGAUUAUCGAUCCUUUAUAUACCUACCUAGGUAGAUAUCAAAUAGUGGAUACGCAUCUUGAAGCCUUAGGCUUCACACGUAUCCACUAUGACAAUAUGGUAAACAUUUACGCUCGGCGUGUACCUACAUCCAGUGCUGUGGCUAUGGCCAGUACUGUCUACCUACCAGGUACUCAAGGUUUGCACUGGCGACAAGCUCGGCUUCGGGCGGGUGCCUACUCGUGUAUGCCAUUACCAAGCUACAUACCAUGGAACGCUGUAAGGCAGGCAGGUAUGUACAAUUAUUUCGAAAACCAUAACCACCUACUGCCAAACCUAUUUACAGCAGCACCACACACACCACCCCUUCCUCCCAUCUCUCAACCCACCCAUCCGCCGACAAAUACCUCCCCCCCCCCUCCCCCUCAGCCCCUCAUCCCCGCUCUUCAGCGCAAUAAGCCCAUGCAUCGCGAGCCCCGCCUCGUGCAUCCAGUACGCGAGGUGCGGCGGGCUGGUAUGUACACCCGCCUUAACAUCUCCCAACCCACCGGCGUCUGCAAAGAUCUGGGGUAGGGAUGGGAUCCAGAUUGGGGUUUGGCGCACGAGGCUGGGCGAUGUGCGAGGUGGAGGCUGAGGUGGGUGCUUUCGAUGCGCAGGGAGAUAUCGAGGAGAAGUCUUCCCUUCCCAUUGGAGGUGGCGGCCGUUUGGCUCUUUCAUUGCAAAACCACGGUUAGG